AUGGAAUAUAAUGUCUGUUUCUUCCCAGGGUUUUUGUUUCGAGUGUGUGACCGACUGGGUUGGAAAUGGAGUUCAAAAUAACAAGAUGACGAGGAUCGCAAAUAUUUUUGGCGUUCGUAGUCUUAACUGUACGGGUGUAUUUUCUACGCUUGUGUGUGCGCAUGCAUCCGAUGCGUCAAAGAUGGCCUUCUACGACAGCGGAGCUGAAAUACAGAGCUCUACGAAAGUGGGAGAACUUCGUAUCAUAUAUGUGUUCUGUCUGAUACUAUAUCGACCUGCGUGGAGUGUGGAAUGAUGGGUGUGCCAGAAAGAAAUCCUUAGGUAUGGAGACGGGCCCAGAAUUGUGAACGGUUGCUGCAAGCUGGCCUGCAAAUCCUGCCCGUUGGUGUCGCUUUUGGUGACUCUAGUUUGUCCAAGAAUCCAUGAAACGGAGACGUCAGUUUCUGAUAGUCUAUGGAGUGCCGUCAUCCCCUCUCUCCCAUCCUGUGUUUCCAUCGUAGAUUCUUCGUUGUGCAGUGACAAGUCCGAUAGUCGGUUGCCGCACUUGGGUUCCGCCGUCACUUCGUGUCUGUCUUCGUCUGUUUCGAAAACAUGCAAGCUAAGAAAAAACGGAUUCUUCCAUGAGAUGAGUUGGAUCAAGAAAAAAGUACAGGAGUCCAGGGAGGCCGAAUUCAAGGAACUAGGGCGCUCAACAUAACGGGCAACAGAAGUAUUUACUCCAAACGCUGGAAACAACCGGUGGCUCUCUGGCCCUGGCAAAAGUGCAAAGCCCAAUAAUUGCCUCACCAGCUUUUGCUGGACUUCUUGUCCCAGCUUUGGCGGUUGAAAAAGUAAAGAGAUGGCUGGGCAGGACUCCUCUGCGUCAGGGGGCGGCCUAGCCGUCGCUCCGUCUCGGCGGGAUGCCGUCUCUUGUGAAAACGAGGAAAUGGACCACUUUUUUCAGUUGGAUUAUCUUCUUGGAGUAGUAUUCCACAGUAAAGCCGCGCGAAAGAUCCAAACGGUGGGCAGACGGUGGAGCCCCGUCGUGGAGGUGGCUGCUCUUCUUGUCAUUUUCGUUCUGUGUUUCUGCAUUCGGCAAUUUGCCGUCAUUCGUUAUGAGUCCGUCAUCCACGAAUUUGACCCCUACUUCAAUUACCGAACAACGACAUAUCUCGCCAAGGAAGGGUUCUACGAGUUCUGGAACUGGUUUGACCACGAAACCUGGUACCCUCUUGGUCGCGUUGUCGGGCAGACCCUGUUUCCUGGACUGAUGUCUACAUCGAAACUUGUGUACGACUUCGCGCACGCUAUUGGGUUUCCGGUGGACAUUCCGGGCGUCUGCGUCUUCCUUGCUCCUUUCUUUUCUGGCCUCACCGCUGUAGCCACUUACUAUCUCACCAAACAGGCGAGUGGGUCUGCAGGCGCUGGUCUCUUUGCUGCCUUGUUUGCUGGAAUUUCUCCGUCGUACAUGUCCCGGUCUGUCGCCGGCUCCUACGACAACGAAGCGGUGGCCAUCUUUGCCAUGGUGAAUGCGUUUUUCUUGUGGAUUCGUGCCCUGGACAAAGGCACCAUGUUCUCUGCUCUUCUCGCUGCACUCGGCACGCUGUACAUGGUAGUGACCUGGGGCGGCUAUGUGUUUGUUAUCAACACUGUCGCAGUGCACAUGGUUGCCCUUGCGGUUUUGGGGCGUGUCACAGCGCGCCACGUCGUUGUUUACAAUGUCUUUUAUGUGCUAAUGAUAAUCAUGUGCCUGAAUGUACCCUUCGUCAACUUCGCUGCCGUCUCGAGCUCGGAGCACAUGGCCUGUCACGGUGUCUUCAUCAUGGUUAAUGCCUUGGCCGCCUCCUGGCUUGUGAAAGACCUCCUGCCUGCGGAGGCCAUCAAAAGACUCCUCAAACUUCUAGUUCUCGGUCUCCUGGCUAUCUUGCUCGUCGUCUUCGUCUGGCUCACAGCAACGGGUCGUACUUCCUGGUCUGCGCGUUCACUCACCCUGCUGGACCCGACGUACGCCACAAAAUACUUACCUAUUAUAGCGUCCGUCUCCGAGCAUCAACCCGCAACUUGGGCAACGUAUGUCUUCGAUCUUCACGUUGCCACGCUUCUCGCUCCUUUGGGUCUCAUCGUCUGCCUUCGGAAGCCGACGGACGGAUCGCUCUUUGCAGGCAUCUACGGCGUCCUUGCCGCCUACUUCUCAGGUAUUAUGGUUCGGCUGAUGCUGGUUCUUUCUCCAGCAGCAGCUGUGUUGGCAGGCAUUGGGGCGUCACGAUUCGUCAGUAGUCUGAUGUCGUACCUCAGGCUUCCAACGGCGGCGAAGAAAUUCGCCAUUCCUGUUUUCAAAAACAUGGGAAGGAAAGUGUCCGAGCGCGUGGCCGUCCCCAUUUCUUUCGCGACAUUCGUCCUUAUUGUUUUUGCUUGGAUCACUACAAUGUACGUCAACCAUUGCACAUGGACAGGAUCCGCCAUAUAUUCUCACCCCAGCAUAGUUCUGAGUGCAAAACUUCGCGACGGAGGACGUCUCAUCCAGGAUGACUUCAGAGAAGCUUAUUAUUGGAUUCGUCAGAACACACAUCCUCGAGCAAGAAUAAUGUCGUGGUGGGACUACGGAUAUCAAGCCACAGCCAUGGGGAACAGGACAGUUUUGGUGGACAAUAAUACCUGGAAUAAUACGCACAUCGCAACAGUUGGACUGGCUUUAUCGUCAAAUGAGGAAAAGGCGUACAAAAUUAUGCAAGAACUCGAUGUUGACUACGUUUUCGUUGUCUUUGGCGGAGUCGCCAGAUACCAUAGCGACGAUUUGAACAAAUUCCUUUGGAUAAUCCGGAUUACGUCGGGCGUGUACCCUGCUAUACAGCAGUCAGACUUUCUUAGUAGGCGCGGAAUGUACACUGUCAGCAAGGACGCCCCGAAGGCAUUGGUCGACAGUCUUAUGUAUAAGCUGUCGUACCACCGGUUUGCGAACGUAACCGGCGGAUUUGAUUUCGCUCGAAAUGUGGAGGUCGGCCACAAGGACAUCACGUUGCAUUAUUUCGAGGAAGCUUACACAACGGAGAAUUGGCUUGUCCGCAUUUACAAAGUCAAAAGGCCAGAGAGUCGUCAUGUCCUUGUUCGCGGCAGCCGGUGACACGGUGCUGUGUCAGCAGGACGUGCUGUCCCUCCGUAGUGAACACUGUUCUGCAAGGAUGUUGCAAGCUCUCUCACUGUCAGGCACUCUGUUGCUGCUUGAUUUCUUUGUAAAGUUUGUCGUGGUGCUGUUUGACUUCUUCAACCUCCGCGUCUGAGAAUGAA